CAGUUGCUCCAGAGUUGGUCUCUUCGGCGAUCGAAAUAUUUAGACAAAAAGUAUCGGAAGGAUGGCGUGAGGGCUGUGAUGCCUGGAAGCCUCCAUGAUCUUCGAAGAUUACGUAUUUCCUUCCAUUAUCAAGGACAGGAAUGCGACCUAACAAAAGAAUUUUUCCACAUCCGUCUUACAGUCUAGCCCACGUGGUUAGCCGAGUCAUGAAAAUGUUGAUGUAAACAGAUUCAUUAAAACGACUCCAGAACAACCUUCCAUUAUGAUUUCCGCUAUGCCAGCUGUUGCCGUCCGGCGUGAAAGAAGGAAAAGUAAAAACCGACCCAUGUCUGCGUCAUCCAGCAAACAUAGCAGCAUGUCGUCUUUAAGCAGCUCACGUGCUUCUUCUCGUCAAUCAAGACGCACUACGACACAGAGUAUUAGCACAAUCAGCACCUUACCCUCUUCGGAGAAUCAGCUAGGAAUUCCUUAUUACCGUUAUUGCCGGGAGAGUCAGGAAGAAGAACAACAAAGGUUGCAGCUUAUUGUGUAUGCAGGGGCUACCUUAGUAGUAGUAGGACUGGUUCUGGCAUUUAUUGGAUUCGGCCUUAAUAUGCCUUCGACAAAGAAUAUUGGGCUGUUGAUUAUCGGCUUGGGGUCAAUACUUUGCUUUAUUCGAGUCUUCUGUACCAGACAACAAACCACACUGGAUAAACGACCGAGGUUCGCCACGACAAGUACUUCGGGUGACUCCUUUUACACCUUGGCUCAUACUUCUAGCAAUGCCACAACACCAUCAAAUGGAUCACUGAGGUUUCACCCUCUUCCGGUGAGAAGGCUUCCUCUAUCGCCAUCUCAGGAGAGCACCAGCACGGUGACGAGUUUCCGCAGCACUAGCCUCACUCCGACUAGUCUAAACAGCAUCCCUGAGACACAGAUAUUGAUUACGGGCGAAUCAGAAAGAUACUGACUUACGGAAUGUGGGGCAGCGAUUCCUCGGUAUCAGCGACAUUUGGAUUACUGUAAAAAUUGUAAAUAUUCUUGCUCAGUACAGCAAACUAGAAUGUCGCUUGUCGAUACACCAAGAAAAAAAAAUAUGUAUGAAAGUUAAAUGAUAAAACUCUCAAGCCUACUUCUUCAGUUACACACUAUUUAACUUUAAUUACACGCUCACUCAAACAAUGCUAUUAUUUGCUUCUUUAAAGUCCUAAUUAAUAUUUUAACAAAUUACAAUUUAAUUUUUAGUAAAUAACAAAGCAACUGUUUCAUUAUAUUUCCUCCAGGCAUAAUACUGAUACUAUAUGAAUAUAUACGAGUGUUGUAUUAUGUAGGUGAAUAUAUUUUCAGUAGAUAUUUUUCUAAGUUAAUUAUU